UCAGAAAAUUCCGCUCACACGUUUUCUAAGUGCUUCUUCCACAAUUACACCACUUGUUUGCUUUGGCCUGCUGUGUUCGUCCAGCUCUGCAACUUGUUUUGCUGACUGUUAUCAUUUAAACCGCAGGAACGCUCCUAUCAGGAUUUGGGGUAGACGUUGCAUUGGCUUCUCGCAUUCUUGGCCCUCCGGCUGGGAGGACUCGGCCAUCCCGGCAUACAGUGGGCCCAAGCGGGCGCAAACCUCCGGCUGGGAGGACUCAGCUAUCCCGGCAUGCCGUGGGCCCGAGCGGGGACAGUCCUCCGACUGGGAGGUUUCAGCUGUCCCGGCAUGCCGAGGGCUUGUUUUGAAUGGCGAAGGUUCAGGGAAAGGGAGAGACGACCGGUGCGGCCCGUUAGCGCCUGAAAGGGGAGAGGAGGGGCAAAUUCUAAUCGCUUGCACUGCCACUGAAAUGUUGUAAAAUGUUCUGGAAGGCAACAUCGCCAAACCACUUCAUUUAUGGCCAAGUCAUAUCAAUAAACAAAGGAUUGCAAGUGAUUAUGGCAUCUAGACAUCAAAAUGUCAAGCAAGGUGUAUUAUUUGGCGUGGAAGAUGAACUCAUUGAAGAAAGACAACUUGCUAAAAGGAUGCGUCCUAAUUGUAAUGAGACUAUGAGAAAGGGUUAUGAUGCAGAAGAGGCCAUUGAACCCAAUGUUUUUAGAUACUUUCCAAUCGACCCGUUUAGAAAUACUAUUACACCUCUAGAGCAGUUGAAAUUUGAACUCAGACCACCUGGCUCAGAGGUUAGGGUCCUGGAAUGCAAAGAGGUGACUCCUAAAGUUAGAAGAUUAUCUACUGGACAAACAAAGAAAACAUUGCACAGAACAUCCAAAACGACGUGUUGUAAAAAGAAGACUAGACUUAGAGCCCAAAGUAUCGUGGGCAACGGGAAACAGCAUCCAAACCUUUGGAGCUGUGACAUGGCAAAUAAAGAAAAUGAAGUAGUCUGUUCAGGAGCUGUACCUAAAUUAUGCAAUGACAAUCGCAGCUCACAGCUGAACUCCAGUGAUUCGUCUGCUUCACAGACUAGUACUUCUGUUACAUAUGCAGAUUAUUUUGCACAGAUUUCUAAGGAUCAUGCUACAAUGACACAAGUACUAUUUGGUAGAAACUUAAGACUGAACGUAGCUCUGACAUUCUGGCAGAAAAGUGCAAGUGAGCUGGUAGCUUAUCUGGUCAGGAUACAUGACAUUGCUGUUACUGCAGAUUGUCUACCAGUGCUUACGAAAAGUCUGGAGGAAGAAAAACAAAGCAUCUCCGUAGGUUGUUGUGUUGACCUCUUACCACUAGCGCAAGAGUUAUUAAGAAGCAGAUAUGAAGAAUAUCUGAUUGUUGGUUUAAACUGGCUCCGAGCUGUCCUUAAGCAAUGGUGGCCAGAGCUAUCUGCAAAUACUGCAAAUAAUGAUGAAACUCGUGUAGCAGAUAGAAACAUUAAGGUUUUGAAAGAUCAGCUACGGCAAUUACGGGAGCAAGGCUUUCAUUUAUCUUCAGUUCCAGGGUAUACUGGAAAAGUAGCUAAGAGUGUGGGAUCCUACCUGGAGCAAUUGUACUAAAUAUCUGCAGUAUCCAGGGAGCUUCAUUUUUCAAGUACUAUCAGCAGUUAAAAGCUGCUUUGCAACAUCAUUUCAACCUCCUUAUUUGUUAAAAUAUUUGGGAGACCAGCACUGCAGAAAGUGAUCAAAGUAGGCUCAGCACAAAAUUGGUUGCAAACUAUGUUCUAAAACCACUAUUGAACCCAAUGAAGCUACUUCACAUUGAAGUGGUUUAUUUGCCAAGUGGCAUAUACUCGACUCUGUGAGCUGAUGAUGUGACACUGUUUUGCAUUCCAGAUUCAUGUAGCCUAACUUGACCAGAAGGUCUGUGUUCUUCAAUACUGUCAGACUAGUGCCAAUCAUCUGCACUGAAAUGCUGCUUCAGUGCUCUUGGACACUAUGAAUGUAUUUUCUGUAUAUUUGAUUCAAGGUUGUAAAGUUUCAUAUGACCGUGCAACGAUAAUAAGUUAUAAUUUCAGUAAAGAAAGCACCAUAAUAGAGCAUGCAGCAGUUUACUAAUAUCAGUAAGGUGACAUUAACAAAAUGUGCAUAGCACUGUAUUCUUUUAAUUGAAACAUUAAAGUAGAUAUUUCUUGUGACUUUGCACUUAAAUAAAAAAUGCUAUGUCUCUACAUAGUACUCACCGAUGA